CGUAAGGAAAAGGAGUUUUCAGAAGUGUACCAAAACUCUCACCCAAAGAAAGAAAGAAAGAAAGAAAUCUUUUUUCUUUUUCCUUUCAUUUUCCUCAAAAUCUUUAUUGAUUUCUAUGUGAAUAGAUAUAUAAAACAAUCCCAAUAAGAAACGAUUUAUUGAUUUUUUCCUGAAUUUUUUUGUGCAUACUGUGAAUCGAUUGAGAGGUUGAUCAGUUACUGAAGAUUUGUUCAUCGACUUUUGAUCGUUUUGAUUGGCGAUGGAUAUGGAAGUGGAGUCUCCGGAGAUGGUUGUGGUGCCUGGAGGAGUAGCGAUGGAGAUUCCGGUGUCCGACGAUGGAGCGAAGUCGCUGUCGCCGCCGACGAUCCCGCCGUGGCUUCGCCAGAAGCUGUCGGAGCCGAAAGCUUCGCCGCCUACUGUUGAAGAGAUCGAAGCCAGACUUCGAGGAGCCGAUCUUCGUCGACAGAAGUUUUAUGAGCACCUAUCAAGUAAAGCUAGGCCAAAGCCAAGAAGCCCAACACAAUCCAUGGCUUGUGAAGAAGACCUUGGCCAGCGAAUCGAGGCGAAACUUGAAGCUGCUCAUAAGAAAAGGAUGAGCAUUAUUUCGAAAGCCCAGAUGCGGCUGGCUAAGCUUGAUGAGUUACGCCAAGCAGCAAAGAAGGGAGCAGAAAUGCGGUUCAGGGAAGAACGGGCUGAGUUGGGUAACAAAGUGGCAUCACGCGUUCAGCAGGCAGAGGCCAAUAGGAUGCUUAUCCUUAAGGCCUCUCAUCAAAGGAGGGCUACCUUGAGGGAGAAGACAUCUCAAUCAUUAUCACGAAGAAUGGCUCGAGAAAGCAAGUACAAGGAACGUGUAUGCUCAGCGAUUCGCCAGAAGCGUGCUGCAGCAGAGAAAAAGCGAAUGGGGUUGCUGGAAGAUGAGAAAAGGAAGGCUUGUGAUAGGGGUAUGCAGGUCAAAAGGGUAGCAAAGUCAAUUUCUCAUCAACGCGAGAUCAAGACGACAGAAAUAAAAAACAAGUUAGAAGACAGACUACAGAGGGCAAAGAGACAAAGGGCCACAUAUUUGACUCAGAGAGCAAGAUGGCACAGCUAUAUAACUAUCCAUUACAAUAAAUUUCAUGAGCAAGCUGAAGAUCUUUCCAGAAAAUUAGCAAGGUGCUGGAGACAAUUCCAUGAGCAGAGUAAAACCACAUCUUCCCUUGCCAAUGCUUACAGUGCAUUAAAUAUUAAUCAAUUUUCAGUUAAGUCAAUGCCAUUUGAGCAGCUUGCACUUCUCAUUGAAUCUAGUGACACUCUUCAGACAACUAAGGCAUUGCUAGAUCGUCUUGAAUUGAGAAAUAAGCUGUCACGCGAGCUUGCCAGCAACUCUAAUGGCUCUAGUUUAAAUGUUGACAUUGAUCACCUCCUCAAGCGUGUUGCUUCCCCUAAAAAAGUGACCAGACCAAGAAAGAAAUCCAUGGGCACAAAGAAAAUGGAUUCUUGUAAAAAACCUACAAGAACUGCUGUUAAGUUGUCACGUUAUCAGGUGAGAGUUGUGCUCUGUGCUUAUAUGAUAUUGGGUCAUCCUGAUGCUGUUCUAAGUGGUCAAGGUGUGCGAGAGGUUGCUCUUACCACAUCUGCAGAGAAAUUUAUCCAGGAGUUUGAAUUGUUGACCAGAAUAAUAUUAAAUGGGCCUAUACAGAACUCUGAUGAGUCUACAGUAGGUCUUAAAACCUUCAGGUCGCAGCUUGCAAUUUUUGAUUCUGCAUGGUGCUCUUAUUUGAGUAACUUUGUGGUGUGGAAGGUUAAAGAUGCUCAAUCUCUGGAGAAGGAUUUGGUGAGAGUUGCUUGUCAGCUUGAAAUCUCUAUGAUUCAGUGUUGUAAGAUGACUCCUGAUGGUGAUGGUGGUCCACCUCUUACACAUGAUAUGAAGGCCGUCCAGAAGCAGGUUAUUGAAGACCAGAGACUUUUGAGAGAGAAAGUACAUAAUCUGAGCGGAGGUGCCGGUAUAGAGCGCAUGGAAAAUGCACUCUCGGAAACACGCCAAAAGUAUUUCCAGGCUAUAGAAAGUGGAUCCCUGGCCUCUCAAAGUCCCUCCUCAUCUUCCGUGGGGAAAACAGUAGAAGAUUCCCAAUUUUCAGAGGCUGGUAGUCUGACUUCGAGCCGUGUGGUGAGGUCCUUGUUUAAGGAUGAACCUGAUUCAAAGGGAUCUAGUGUGUAUGCACGCUCCGGCAAGGGGUUGGAUUUCGAGAAUGAGUUGAUUGUGAAUGAAUGUGUGCAUGGCCAUCAUCUUGAGUUUGCUGAUACUCCUAGAAAUGUGCUUGAAGCUGGUAUCAAGGCAAAGGUAAAAGAGACAUUAGAGAAGGCAUUUUGGAACAAUAUCAUGGAUUCCAUGAAGGAGAAAGCUAACUAUAGCUGUACUGUUGACCUGAUAAGAGAGGCAAGGGAGGAACUCUGCAAUAUGGCUCCUCAGAGUUGGAGACAAGAUAUUACUGAAGCUAUUGAUCUGGACAUUCUUUUUCAGGUUACAAGUUCUGGGAAGCUGGACAUAGCUUAUUUUGGAAGGAUAAUGGAGUACUUGCUGGGUAUUAUACUGAAACUGGCUGCCCCUGCAAAGGAGGAUGAGCUAAAGACAUGUCACCAGAAGUUGAUGGCAGAAUUGGCUGAGAUUUGUCAGGCCGAGGAUGAUGGCUCAGACAAUCGACUUAUCUUUGCAUUGAUAAAGGGUUUGCGCUUUGUGUUAGAAAAAAUCCAGGAAUUGAAGGAAGAGGUUAGCAAAGCACGCAUUAGAAUGCUGGAACCAGCUUUGAAGGGGGCAGCAUGUUUUGAUUAUCUGGGGAAAGCUUUUGCCAAGCAUUAUGGGCCUCCCUCUGAUGCAAUUACUUUCUUACCCUUGACAAAGCAGUGGCUGCUGCCUCUAAUGGAUACCAUGGAUCAGGAAUGGAAUGAACACAAAGAUUUGUUAACUGAUUUGAGAGGACAAGAUAGCUCAUUCCACACUUAUGUUCCACCUACCUCGCUUCGAACUGGAGGAAGCUUCGUCAUCAAAACCACAGGAAACCCGGAUUUGGCUUCUUCAGUUAAUCCACUGGAUUUAAAAGAAUGCAAUGGAAACAAGAUUGAUUUACUGGUGAGGCUUGGACUGUUGAAAUUGGUGAAUGAGAUAACUGGUCUAACUCAAGAAAGGCUGCCCGAAACUCUUAAACUCAAUCUCUUCAGGCUGAAGGGCAUUCAAGCAACCAUUCAAAAGAUUAUUGUGAUUGCUACUAGCACUCUAGUGUUACGGCAGACACUUGUGAGUUUACAAAUGGUUGGAAGCCCAGCAGAUAUGGACAAGGUAACACUAAGCAGCGUGAAACGGUUAUCUGAACUAUUGGACCCUGUUAAGGACACUGCAGGCAUUGGAGACAUCAUUGAGACACUGUCCCAAGUACUGGAAGACGCAAACUGCGUGGACACCACAAAGCUUCAGUCCAUGAAGAACAUAACAGGCAGGAUGCUGUCCAAAAGCCUGCAGGAAGAUGACCCGGUCUUUGUCCGUAUGGCCCGCGCCGUGCGCCUAGCUGCAAGAGAAGUGUUACUGGGAGGUGGGAGGGACGAAGGGAUAAGAUUGGCCGAAAAUGCCCUCCGCCAGGUAGGGGCAAAGGCUCUGAUUGAUGAUUUGGUGGCCGCGGCAGGGGUUUUACUGGUGGUAGCUUCUGUGACGGUAAACGUUCAUGGCCCUUGGUAUGCUUGUUUAGUAGAAGAAAUGUGAAUUAAGUUUGUUGUCACAUUCAUUUGUGUGUGUCUGUGCAGUAGGGAGUAAAUAUAUAUCAUAAUACAUGCAUGAACUUGAUCGGUUGUAUAUUUGUAGUUUGUAAAUAAAUUGUUCUGUAAUAAAACAAAUCAUGUAAA